GCCGUGGUGUUUGCGGGGGACAGCGCGCAUGCGUUACUCGAGAUUGCCGCAGGGUGGCGCUGUUUUGCAAGGCGACAACUGGAAACGCUCGCCUUGUUCAAACCAGGCUUCAGCUGUUUUUGUUAUGCAAAUGAGCCGCUUGAAGUCUGCCGUGUCGCUGCUGAGCAUCUCUGCUUUCCAGAGCAGUGGAAAAACGUGUGUAAUUGUAAAAUGUCAUCAGCCUAUAUCUCCCUCUUGGGUCACACUCAGAACACUUUCAGUUGAAGAUUAGAGACCGAGUCAAGAGGAGGCUUUUAAUGUUUUCUGCAAUGACAUUGGGUUCAAACCACACAGUGGUAAUCACAAGGACAGGAGUUGAGAGGGACUGCUGCAUGUUAUGCAGACCGCAGAAAGCCAGAUCUGACAACUUCGGCUACUUUUCACAUUCAAAACCAAAGGAUCCAAACCAUCCAAAAUCCCACUGUUACAGGACUCGAGUGAAGUUUUGCUUCAAGGAUAAGGUGAGAAUGGAACAAAAGGAACAGACGGGGGAUCCUAACGGUGAAGGAACCAAUGGUGGGAAUCUCAGAGAUCUGGCCUCUAAGUGGUUCAUAGACACCCAGGUGCCGCUUAUCGUCAACAAUGGCCUCUUCCCCUCCUGGUUCAUGGGCUUCACCAGCAGAAAGGAUGCUGAGAACUUACUGAAAGAUAAGGAGCUGGGAUGUUACUUGAUUCGUCUGAGCGAUAAGGCUAUCGGAUACAUACUGUCUUAUAAAGGCAGAGAUCGGUUUCGACACUUUGUGAUCAGCCAAAGUGUGACGGGACAGUUUGUGGUGUCCGGAGACAACGAGGGGCACGACACUGUACUUAAACUAAUAGAGCACUAUAAAACAAUUCCUAUUGAGCCGUUUGGGGAGUAUUUGACAUUUCCAUGCUUUAAGGAUCACAGUGAAGACCUAUAUGAUAUCAUCCGGGUAAGCCCCAAAGACAAACCAGAAGCUGUUCUCAGAGCUGCAAAGAACUUGCAAAAACAGAAAACUGCCUCAGCCCCAGACCACCAACCAGCAUGGCAACCAAAAGGCAACAAAACUGAAGAGGAGGUACCACCUUUGCCUCGGAGGAGCAGGCACCUCGACAGUGGCCCCUUCACUGACGAACAGGAUGGGGUUGUGUAUGCUCAGCUCAAGAAGCAGACAGUGAAAGAGAAGCCAAGAAUCCAACACGUUCAACAGGACAAUUUACCGGAAGUCAGCCGAAGGAAAGUUGAGAGUUCAAAUGCCAAAAACAGAAACAAYGGCCGGUGUAGUCCCCCAUCAGCACCAGAAUCUGUCUACACUGAACUCAACCCUCUGGAUAGCAAAAGCAAGUCUCUGCCCCUGCUGGACAGCAGCUCCGACACCGAGCAGUGUUACAGACUAAGGGUCCCUCCUGACACCCCGCCAAGACUUUCUCCCAAGCCGAUCAGGCAGGCCGCCAGCUAUGCUCCUCAGUCCAACAGCAGCCAGAGCUUGGACGGCAUGAGUGACAACGCUGUCUAUCACCUGGCCGGUCCAGCAUCUUUUAACAACCGGUCAUCAACAGCACAGCAGCAGAGCAAUUCUUUGUACGCUGAGGUUGCCAUUGAAACCCCUGUUCUGAAUCAGGACGACACGUACGAACUGAUCCCCGACCAAAAGGAGCCCGUCAAGCCCAACAGCAGCUACGAACCCGUGGAGGACAGCAAACGCAAAUUUAACUACUCAUCCUGGGGGAUAAAGAAUGACAAGUGGAAAUGGCUCUUCCCUGAGGCUAAGAGGAAAUGGUAGAAGCUGUUUCACCAGCAAAUGAACUGUUUUUUUUCACUCAUUUGACACUACUUUAUUAGACUCUACAGAAACUGUUGAUGUUUUUUUUUCAAUUUAUUACAACACUGUAAUGUAUUUAUUUAAAAUUGUUGAAAUUGUUAUUGUAUUUUGUUAUCUAUGAACAUMAUUGUGCACACACAUAUAUAUACAGUAUAUAUAUACUGUAUGUGUGUGUGUGUGUGUCCUACAAUCUGUUUUAUUAAACCACUUCCA